AUGCAGUGGUUGAGACUAGCAGUUGUGUUGGGUGCUGUGGCGUAUGGUGAGGAAGACUGUUUGGAUCGCCCAGUUCGGUUGUGGAUAACGCAGGACUCGACGAGUUCGUUUGAGUUCGUUUCGGUGAAUGCGGAGGAGUAUGUAGAGGGAUUAUUGACGGAGCUGCAUGAGAGGAUCGCGGAUUUCGACUUUGGUUUUUCCCUUUUUUGGGAUCGGGGUGAGGACUUGUGUUAUGAGCAGAUCAGCGAGUUGGACGGGAAGGACUUCGAGACCAAGGUGGGCGUUGCUGUCCAGGCACUCAAGGACGCGCCGAGCACGGUCAAUGGCAAUGACAUGGCUGAGGACUCGCUGUCGGCUUUGCCCAUGGUGGCGAAGCACCAGUUCGCCUCCGCCCCUGAGGAUGCCGUGAAGAUCUUCCUCAUCGUCACCGACGACUGGGCCAAGUACCACGAGCAGAUGUACCAAGGCGAGGCUUGCAGCGACGGCAGAUGCUUUCCGCAGUUCGAAACGGUCCCUGGCAGCAUGAACACAAAUCCUUAUGACGAGGUAAACUGCAGCCGCGACAUCUGGUACCUCACCGUCGACCAAAUUACGGAACCUCUUGCGACGUACAAUAUUAUCCCAAUCACGCUCGUGGUCGAGAAAAAUGUUGACUGGUGGCAAGACAUGUGGGGAAGGGUCGCCGGACUCGACGCCAGCCAAGGCGAAUUCGGCGUGUUCCCCUUCACCAUGUCAGUGGGAGGCGUGGCCGAAGCAAUCGUCGACAGCAUUAACACCGUCAGCUGCAUCAUCAAGACUACCAGCACCAAGACGCCCACAACUGGCACCGGGACUACCACCACGACCGGGACCAUCACGACCGGGACUGGCACGACCGGGACUGGCACGACCGCGACAACCGGAACCGGGACAACCGGAACUGGGACCACCUCAACUGUCGCACCCAUCAUAACCACCACUGGAGUGCCGGGCACAGAGCCGGACCACAACAAGGCAAUUGCUAUCGGCAGCGCGGCGGCCGGGGCGGCGGCAUUGCUUGCUGGCGCGGCUUGGUACAAACUGCGAGACAGCUCCCCGCCGGAACUCGACGUCAUCGAAGAGGAAGGAGGUGCGGAUGCGGCCCAAGCCGGAGAGCGUGAGUCUAUCGUCGCCAUGGAAGAAGAGGCUUAUGAAUAG